AUGGAAGCUGAUGAGAUGAUGAAGGGAAGCAGUCUAGUGGGAGAGGAGCAGAGGACCCAGGCCGGAGGCAUAGGGGACAUUCAUGGGAAUGAGGAGCAUGAAGAUCUUGCAAAGGAGACAGACGGAGAGGGCCGGGCUGCUGCAGGGCUGGUCUCCAGCCCGAGUGGGGCCGCGCACUCCACUGCAGGAGCUCAGGACAGGAUGGCCGGUGCGAUGGGAUUCCGGCUUGGAGCUAGCCCUCUUCGCUUCUUCGUCUUCCUCCUCCUCCUCUUCCUCCUCGUAUGGGUGCCCACAGCUCGGGGGCAGCCUGCUCGUCGGAGCCGUCGCCAGCUGGGAUUGCGCAAACUGGGGGGCAGCCUUGGGACCACCCUUGGCUCUACCGGCUACUCUAGGGCGGGCCAGCCCCAGGUGUUGCGCGGCGGCGGCGGCAGCGACAUCUGCAAGAGCCAGCCCUUGGACCUGGUGUUUAUCAUUGACAGCUCUCGCAGUGUGCGGCCUCGGGAAUUCACCAAAGUGAAAAGCUUCGUCACCAAGAUUAUUGACAGCCUGGACAUUGGGGCGACUGCCACUCGGGUGGCCCUGGUGAACUAUGCCAGCACUGUGAAAAUCGAGUUCAACCUCCAGACCUAUUCUGACAAGGCAUCCGUGAAGCGGGCAGUGUCCCGGGUCAUCCCUUUGUCCACGGGCACCAUGUCAGGCCUGGCUAUCCAGACGGCCAUGGACGAAGCCUUCACUGUCGAGGCUGGGGCCCGCACUGCUUCCUUCAACAUCCCCAAGGUGGCCAUCAUGGUGACCGAUGGCCGGCCGCAGGACCAAGCGGAGGAGGUGGCAGCACAGGCACGGGCAGCAGGCAUUGAGAUCUAUGCCGUGGGUGUGGACCGAGCAGACAUGCAGUCGCUGAGGACGAUUGCCAGUGAGCCACUUGAUGACCAUGUGUUCUAUGUGGAGACCUAUGGGGUGAUCGAGAAGGUGACCUCGAGGUUCCGGGAAACUUUCUGUGCUCUGGACCAGUGUGCCCUAGGCACCCAUCAGUGUGAACAUGUCUGUGUAAGCGAUGGAGGUGGUGCCCAUCACUGUGAAUGCAGCCAAGGAUACACCUUGAAUGAAGACCAGAAAACUUGCUCACCUAUUGAUAAAUGUGCCCUAAACACCCAUGGGUGUGAACACAUUUGUGUGAGAGACCGGGCGGGUGCCUACCACUGUGAGUGCUAUGAAGGUUACAUCCUGAAUGAAGAUAAGAAAACCUGUUCAGCUCAGGACAAGUGUGCCCUCGGUACACAUGAGUGUGAGCACAUCUGUGUGAGUGACAGGGCUGGAGCCCACCACUGUGAGUGCUAUGAAGGUUACGUCUUGAAUCGGGAUAAGAAGACGUGUUCUGCUCAGAACCAGUGUGCUCUAGGCACCCACCGCUGUGAGCAUCUCUGCAUGAGUGACGGGCCUGGGGCUUACCACUGUGAGUGCCGCCCGGGGUACCACUUGAAUGAAGACGGGAGAUCGUGCGCAGCCAUUCAAGAAGCCCAGAGACUCGUCUCGACUGAAGAUGCCUGUGGCUGUGAAGCCACAUUGGCCUUCCAGGAGAAAGUCACCUCCCGCCUCCAGAGACUUUCAGCCAAGCUUGACGAUAUCUUGGAGAAGUUACAAAUCAAUGAUUUGAGACAGGUCCGCCGUUAGAGCUGCCAUCCUUGCCCCAUCAGGAGUCUGACAGCGCGCCCACAGGGUGGACGGGGCCCUGGUUUCCAUCGUGCCAGCUGCCAAAAACAUCACUGAGCAAAUAGCAAGAGGAAUUUCCAGAAACUAAUAUUUUUUUCCUUCAAGCAAAAAGCAACCCAUGGAGAAUAACUGGGAGCUUACUAUAUACCACCUCUGCUUUUAGAACAGCAAGGUGCCCACAUGCUUCCCAAUCUCACCCUAGCUGGGGGCAGCUCCCUUCCCAUUCCUUGAGAAUUCGAUCGCUGAGUCCUUCAAAAGAAGCAAAUGCUUCCCUCUCCCAGAACUGCAUCUCUCUGAAUCAGAACAGUGAAAAGGCUGCAAAAAAGCACAAUGAGAUGGUUCCCUCCACAAAUUCCAGCGAUUAAUUGAGACAUUCAGUUCUGGAAUGACUACAUGCUUAUAUCAGAAAAUGAAAACAGUGGCCGCAUUAACACAGGAAACUUUUCAUCCCUUUUCAUAGCAUGUAUCCUAUUCACCUGUCUUAUUAAAGUGUUUCUUUUCAAGUCUGUGUCUCCAUUUGAAUGUCUAGGUUAUCCAGAUAAACGAUGGCACUAUAAUGGAGAACCAAGACCAUUUGCUGAGUGCCCAGUUCGGGCUUCCAUUUUGUCUGUUACUGUUAUUGUUUGGGGUUGUGCACAGUCUGGAGACAAACACACACACAGAUGGUUCUCCUUGUGCGCCAAGGUCACUCUCGUAGUCCAUGAGGCCCCCUACCUGUACCACGAGGCUCCCCAAGACCUGUUCAGCUGUGAUGUGGGCUCUCUAUCCUUGUAUCAAAAAAAUGUAGUCAUAAACUCUUUGGAUAGAAACUUUAGAUAUUAGCAUAACAGGGAAGCUCUGUUUCAAGCAUUUUUGUAAUUUAAUAACCAACAUGAUUUUAAAAAAGAAACCUCAUGCUAGGAUUUUAUUAACAUAUAAAUUGGCUUGAAUGCAUUUUUAUGACCACGUCUUUUGCAUACGGAAUACUGUAAAGUAUUCUGGAUCAUUUUUAGUCAUGUUGUAUGAGUUGGUCUGUGCUAUAUUUAAUGUUGGAUUCUCACGUAAGUUUAUAUGACUUGUAGAAGAAUAAACAUAUAUUACUCACCUGAGACAUGGAUGUCAUUUCUGCUUUCUCACGAUGCCUAGUACCGCCAUUAAAAGGGUAGUGGAUUGAGGAUUCUCAGAGAAUCAGUCUGGAUUCUCUGUAUAAAGUCAUGAGGUGUGGGAUGGGGCGGGGCAGGGGCACCCUCCCUUCUCCAUGGCGCCUCCCACCCCACAUGGCUCUAGGCCAAAACAGACCAGGUCCAGUCCUGGAGGAACCUGGCCCUAAAGAGAGGGGAACCAGGCUCUCCUCAAACUCCCUGGAUCACCAUGCUCCAACCCGUGCCCAGAGGAUAUUACAUGGCUCUUUAUUCCUCCACCGCACAAUGGACACAUACAUGUGCCCUGGAAAAUACUUACAAGGUGAUGCAGCAAGUCAUAGCUCCUGUGAUACUCCAAUCAACAUUUGUUAAGCACCUACUGUGUGCCAGGCUCUGUGCUAAGUGCUAGGAAUCCAAAAAAAGGCAAGAGACAGUCCCUGUCCUCAAGGAGCUUACAGUCUAACGGGAGAGCCCAUACGCGCACAAAUAAGUACACACAAGCUACGUGGAGGAGAAAUGGGACAUGAGGAACAGAGGGAAGGCACUGGAA